GGUGUGAGGAGCUGCAGCCGCGGGCAGAGGAGAUCGCAGCAUCAUCUAGAUCCCAGCGCUGCCUCCGCCUCCGUUGCUGUUGCUGCUGCUGCUGCUGUUGCUGUUGCCGCCGCUGCUGCUGCUGCUCCUCCAGUCUCACCUCCGCGACUCCCGUUACAUGGACAACAAGUGAACCACCGCAGCUGCCCCCGCCACUGCCCCCGCCGCCUCCUCCUCAUCUUUCUGCUCCUUCUCUUCGUCCCACUCGCAGGCUGCACCCGAAGUCCCCUAACUCAUUUGACACUGGCACCACCACGGAGAGCGUCCCUGGCACAAAUUAAACUCGCUCUCGAUCCUUGGGCUCCCUUAAGGCAUUUGACCCUUUUUCUCGGUGCCUUUUUAAACUUGUUACAAAGUUGCUCGGAUCCCUCCUCCUUCUCCCUGCCUCCCUCGGCCUCUUUGCCACCCUUGCAGCCCCCGUCCCCUUCUCUGCUCCAGGGGUUGUGUGGCAGGACAGUGAGGGGAGCAGCCCCUUUUCUCCUUCACGCACGUCUCAACCUCUUCCUCCUCCUGCUUCGGCUGCUGCUGCUGCUGGGCAGAUGAUGCUGAAGAUGUUGUCCUUUAAGUUGCUGCUCGUGGCUGUGGCUCUGGGCUUCUUCGAAGGAGAUGCCAAGUUUGGAGAAAGGAACGAAGGGACCGGUGCACGGAGGAGAAGGUGUCUGAAUGGGAACCCACCAAAGCGGCUGAAAAGGAGGGAUAGGAAGAUGAUGUCCCAGCUAGAAUCCCUAAGCGGGGCAGAAGCUGUCUGCGGUGCCUUCUACCCUCGGCUCUCCUGCUGCUCCAGGACUGACAGUCAAUCUCUGCUGCACAUGGAAUCCAAGAUAUUUUCUGUUACCAACAACACAGAGUGUGUGAAACUCCUGGAGGAGAUCCGAUGUGCCCACUGCUCACCACAUUCUCAGAAUCUGUUCCAUUCACCUGAGAGAGGAGAAGCCUCUGAAAGAGAGCUAGCACUGCCCUUGCUGUGCGAAGACUAUUGCAAAGAAUUCUAUUACACAUGUAGAGGCCACAUUCCAGGUUUCCUUCAAACUACAGCUGAUGAGUUUUGCUUUUACUACGCAAGAAAAGAUGGCGGGUUGUGCUUUCCAGAUUUUCCAAGAAAACAAGUGAGAGGCCCAACAUCUAACUAUUUGGACCAGAUGGAAGAAUAUGACAAAGUGGACGGGAUCAGCAGAAAGCACAAACACAGCUGCUUCUGUGCCCAGGAAAUUGUGAGUGGGUUGAGGCAGCCUGUUGGAGCCGUACACUGUGGGGAUGGCUCUCAUCGUCUCUUCAUCCUUGAAAAGGAAGGCUACGUGAAGAUAUUCACCCCAGAAGGAGAAAUUCUCAAGGAGCCUUUUUUGGACAUACACAAACUUGUUCAGAGUGGAAUAAAGGGAGGAGAUGAAAGAGGACUGCUAAGCCUUGCAUUCCAUCCCAAUUACAAGAAAAAUGGAAAGCUGUAUGUGUCUUAUACCACCAACCAAGAACGAUGGGCCAUCGGACCUCACGACCACAUUCUUAGGGUCGUGGAAUAUACAGUGUCCAGAAAAAAUCCCCAACAAGUUGAUAUGAGAACAGCGCGGGUGUUCCUGGAGGUAGCAGAGUUGCACAGGAAGCAUCUAGGCGGACAGCUGUUGUUUGGCCCAGAUGGCUUUUUGUACAUUUUCCUCGGGGAUGGGAUGAUCACCUUGGAUGACAUGGAAGAAAUGGAUGGUUUAAGUGAUUUUACAGGUUCGGUAUUACGGUUGGAUGUAGAUACUGACAUGUGCAAUGUGCCAUAUUCCAUUCCGAAGAGCAAUCCACACUUCAAUAGCACCAAUCAGCCCCCUGAAGUAUUUGCACAUGGGCUCCACAAUCCAGGCAGAUGUGCAGUGGACCGACACCCCACAGAUGUAAAUAUCAAUUUAACAAUACUUUGCUCAGAUUCAAAUGGAAAGAACAGGUCAUCAGCCAGAAUCCUACAGAUCAUAAAAGGGAAAGACUAUGAAAGUGAGCCAUCACUCUUAGAAUUCAAGCCAUUCAGUAAUGGGCCCCUAGUUGGUGGAUUUGUUUACCGAGGUUGCCAGUCUGAAAGACUCUACGGAAGUUAUGUGUUUGGAGACCGGAAUGGAAAUUUUCUAACUCUUCAGCAGAGCCCAGGAACCAAACAGUGGCAAGAAAAACCCCUGUGUCUCGGCAACGGUGGCUCUUGUAGAGGCUUCUUUUCGGGUCACAUCUUAGGAUUUGGAGAAGAUGAAUUAGGUGAAGUGUACAUUUUAUCAAGUAGUAAAAGCAUGACCCAGGCUCACAAUGGAAAACUCUACAAAAUCGUGGACCCCAAAAGACCUUUAAUGCCUGAAGAAUGCAGAAGUACUAUUCAGCCCGUACAGCCCCUGACAUCGGAAUGCUCUCGGCUUUGUAGAAAUGGCUACUGCACUCCUACAGGAAGAUGCUGCUGCAGUCUAGGUUGGGAGGGCGACUUCUGCAGAAUUGCAAAAUGUGAACCAGCUUGUCGACAUGGAGGAGUUUGUGUUAGACCAAAUAAGUGCCUAUGUAAAAAAGGAUACCUGGGACCUCAGUGUGAACAAGUGGAUAGAAACAUCCGCAGAGUGACCAGGGCAGACAUCACCUAGAUGAAACCGCUUUACCAUGUCCUGUAAAAUACUAAAGUUACAUUUUUCACCAACUUAAUUGGAAUGACGGGGAGUGAGAGAGCAAACACGCUCUUUAAUGUGCUGUGGAUCUAAGCUAGCCAUGUAUCCUUGGGUCAACAUGUAAUCAUUCACGACGGGACGAAAAAAAAAAGCAAGAAAACAACCAGUCAUUAUAAAAUUCCAGCAUUAAACAUUUGUAAAGUGCUUUUCACCAUAGCAGGACUGCUCAGAGUGUAUGGGAUUAGAAUGGUGCCGAUUUCACACUGCACGGAACUUUCCCGGAGAAGAGCUUGUCCUGAACCAAUCUUGGAAAGCUCUUUACAUAACGAAUUUUUGCCAAAUAUGACUUUUCAUCUAAGUGUCCCUCCAGGAUGCCAUGGAAACCUUCACUUUGGUUAAUGUAUCAAUAAAUCUUCUGUAAAUGUAUUGUUCAGAUUUUUAAAGAAAUGAAAUACUCUAAUUUAAAACUGAGAAAGACACCUUCUGACUGGUUGGCCUUUUCUUAAUGGUUUUAAGUGGGCAGUUUGCCAUGUCUGGAUUGUAAUAAUAGAUUAGGUUUCUUUGCACUACUGAAAAAAAAUCUACUCAAGAUGAGCAGGUUCCCACCUUGGUAUUCCUAUAAACACCUGUUCCUUCUGAAGCCUGGCUACAGUAUUGUGAAUUAGGCAAUGCAGACUGGCUUUUCAAAUGUGCUCCAUUUCUCACCUUUAGAAAAAUAAGCCUUGAUUGGGGUAGAAAGGGGGUGGUGAAGGAGGAGGGGAGAGUGAGGAACAGUAUCUUAGUAGGCGGUAUUUCUCUGUUGUUUUAAAGUGAGAGCUCCGUAAUUAAAGCCAGGGAGCAUUUAUAACUAGACCACAAUGCAAAGAGAUGCGUUAAGUCCACUGCAUUUGUCUUCCAUAUAUGAUUGCUUCAGUUUCCAGUGACCUCAUGGCAAAUGGAAAUUGGUUGAGAAAUCUUGGUCCAGUGCUUCGUGAACAAUACCCUGCAUUAAAAAGUGCAUGCAUAAUUUUGCACCAUUUAGAUUCAAUUGACAGUCUAUUCAAAGAAGUCUUGGGAUUAAAUGAGCAUGGAGACCAAAUUGCCCCCUUACCCCAGAAAAGGGGUGGUCCCCACUAGUCCCACUAACACUUCAUUGGCCCAAUGGUGUGACAAAUCUUGCAAUGAACCCUGCAGCGGCUUGCAUCUGUAGGUUAAGAGCAGGCUUUUGUCUCCGUUGCUUUCUCUUCCUAGCCCCUGUGCUAAAUUCCAUCACAAAAAAACUUUGACAAUUAAGAAAAUGUCCUGACAACCAUUUUUUUGUAAAUUGACCUUACCAUCUAAUCUUCCCCUAGUCAACGUGGGUGACAUUAACAAAAUGUGAACUUCUCGUGAAUAAACCAGCUGUCUAAAUCUGUCAAAUCAUGUAGUUUUAUUACAUGUUAAACUCUUCAUACUUUCUGCAAAAAACAAAAACAAAACAAAACACUAGGGGCACUGCCAUAUUUUCAGCAAAAUCUGAACCAUUCAAACUUUCUUCUUACAUAUUUAACAUAUUUCCAAAAAGAUAUCAUUUGGCCAACACUUCUGUCAGGAGAAUUUUCAUUAAAUGAAGGGAGUUUCUUUUUCUCAAGUUGAAAGAGUUCCAAGUAGCUUUAGAAUCCCAAUAAGCCCCAGUUUGUCACUGCCUUGAUUGCUGUGGGUUUUCAGAAUGGAAGAUGAAACUCUAAAAGAAAGCCAGUCCCUGGACUUCAAACUUAAAAACACUAUCAGAUCCAUUUCACCUCUUUUUUGUCCAUGGGCGAGGAGAUGCCAAUAACUAAUCAAUGACCAAAAAUUUAAACUUGCCACUCAGUUAUUGUUUUGUUUGUUUGUUUGUUUGUUUAUAAAUCCAGUGGACAUUUCUUCCAGAACAACUUUUAAUACACAUCUGUAAGGAAAUCUUCUCAGUUGGCUUAUGGUCGAAAGUAGGUAGGAGGUGGUUAAGAGGCAUGUCAUAAAAGGACAUUAUUUUACCUCUUCUAAGUCAAUCGUUAUUUAGCUCCAACAGUUCAUGUUUUAAAAUAGAAAUGAGGAAUAUCUGAGGACUAUCUACAAAUGAAGAAAAAAGACUCAUGAUAAUCAUUAUAUAUCAAACACUCUUUUCAUCCAGGUCAUUAGUUUAAACUUAAAAUAAGUUUGAUACGAGGAUCUGUGCCCAAUAUGGAAAAAAAAAUAUGCCAUACUUUUCUACCAUCCUCUUGUCCUCCAACCCUCCUACUCU